CCAGUUCCUAUCCAACAAGUAGUACAAAAUCUGAUCCGCGUUCGAAGUGUAAAGAUAUUCCUUAGUUUCAUUAUGCAAGGAGGUCAACAACACAAUGCUGCUCAAACGGAGGUGCUCAGUUUGACGGCCGCGAGUCGAGCCCAGCAAGAAGUCCACCAAGCCAUGCUACUGGAUCUGGAGGCUAAGAAAAUUGCGGCUUCCUUGGAUGUGCCCACGCUGCCGGAACAAGUGCGCGCCGCUUUGCGAGAAAUGGGACAGCCCGUCCGUUUGUUCGGAGAAAAUUUGGCCGAUGUGCGCCAGCGCUUGCGCGAAGCCAUGGCGCAUCAAAAAGUCUCACUGGAUGCGGCGUCGCUCUUUAAGGAAGAAGAUCUGACUGGGCAACGCGGAGCAAAUGAAAGAUACGAAGAAGAGGUGACAAAAUACACCCGUGCGGAGCAGGAGUUGAUUGAGGCUCGUCAAGCGAUUGCCAAUUUUUCAUUGAAACGGGCGGGGGCGCGACUGGAACGGGAACGCCGACUCCGCUUGCAAGCGAACCGGCGCAAGCGUAAAAUUGACGAAAAACCCGGCACCAGUACGGAAGUGGACGUGCUCGAUGAAUCCUGUCACAAAAUGUACCAAUCCAUUCAGAUGAUGGCCCUGCAGGGUUCUCAGUAUGGUGAUAGCCGUGUUGUGAGCUGCAUCAGCGCACAAACUUUGGAUGGGAUUCCCGUCGUUGCAACUGGGGGUUGGACUGGAAGCGUUCAGUUAUGGGAUGGAAGUUCCUCCGCGCUUGAGAUCUUAGGGGGCAAGACCAUGUGCCACGAAGACCGGAUUAUGGGCUUGGAUACAAUGAAAGUAAACGAAGACCUGGCAAUUAUGGCAACAACGUCCAUCGAUUUGACUGCUAAGUUGUACCGUGUGCAGAGCGCUCACACUCAAGCGGUCUUACACGGUCAUCAAUCCCGAUUAUGCCGAGCAGCUUUUCAUCCGAUGCAACGACAUGUCGCAACCACCAGUUUUGAUCAUACCUGGCGUUUAUGGGAUAUUGAAACUAGCCAGAAUAUUCUGCUCCAAGAUGGUCAUUGGAAGGAGUGUUACGGUGUUGGUUUCCAUCCAGACGGCAGUCUAUGUGCCACGACUGAUUUCGGCGGAAUCGUACAGGUCUGGGAUUUGAGGACUGGCAAGUCUAUUAAACACUUUCUGGGGCAUGCGAAGCGUGUGCUAAACGCUAUUUUUCACCCGAACGGCUUUCAAUUGGCCACGGCCGGUGACGACGGUACGAUCAAGAUUUGGGAUCUGCGAAGGCGGAAACUGGCUGCAUCCUUGCCAGCGCAUUCCAACGUGGUAACCAAACUACAGUUUGAUGCGUCCGGUGAAUAUCUGGCGUCGUCUUCCUAUGAUGGGACGGCACGGUUGUGGGGCUGCCGUGAUUGGAAAAUGUUGCGCCAGCUGCAGGCCCAUGAAGGCAAGCUAUCGGGAAUAGAAAUUCUAGGCAGCAACUCCAUUCUAACCUGUGGAUUUGACAAGACGCUCAAACUGUGGCAGUAAAAGUGGACUUGUGAAAAUUGAACUGAGAUUGUUCUAGAUCCAUUCCUAUGUUUAUUUCAAUGUAAAGCAAUCUACUGCCAAUGAAUCGGAUUUAAUGUAAUGUAAAGUAGAAAGCGGCCAGAGGGAGGGGCAAUUCCUUUCAGUUACAUAAC